AUGGUGACGACUCGCAGCGGAGGGAGAGGUGGAGGGAAGCGCGGCCGCGGCGCGAAGCGCCCGGCGGCAUCGUCCUCCCUGCUGCUCUCGCCGACCAAGCGCGGCAAGGCGAAGAAGGCGUCGGAGGCCUCCGUGCCCGAAGCUGGGGCGGCGCCGGCGGCGGGGACGCGCUCGGGCCCCGUACCGUGGGCGAAGCUGCUUUCGCAGCGCUCGCAGUCGCAGACCCCCCAUGUUCCUAUCUUUGGCAACCAAAUUUCUGUUGGUAACGAUAAAAACAGUGACAUAUGGUUGGAUGACCAAACUAUUUUUCAGCAUCCUCUAAGGGGUAAUGAAGUUACUGCUGGAUCGGCUGGAGAGAAUAACCAGAGGGUAGUCGGAUCUGCUCUUGAAAAUCAGAGCGAUUGCAUCAGGUCUAGUCCAUCAGCUUCUUUGCCUCCGAGCGGAUGGCAAGCUUUUAAGGAUGGACUGAAACAAGAGAUUCUGAGCCCAAAGGAUAUUGACGUAACCUUUGAUAAUUUCCCAUAUUAUCUCAGUGAGAGCACAAAGGAGAUACUCUUAUCAUCUGCAUUCAUACACAUGAAAAAGAAGUCUAGGAAAUUCUUACCAAAACUUUCACCUUUAGACCAGCGAAUUCUGUUAUCUGGCCCACCAGGGUCUGAAAUUUACCAGGAAAGAUUGAUAAAGGCACUUUCAAAGCGUUUUGAUGCUAGACUUCUGAUACUUGAUUCUCUUAUGCUGUGUGGUACGUCUUCUAAGUUUGGAGAGUCCAUGAAGGAUGUCCGGAGGGAUGUUGCACCUUCUAGUUCAGGAGAUGAUAUUGUGGGGACAUCCAACAGACACACUUUCGAAGAAGGUGAUUGGGUAGAGUAUACUGGUACUAGUUCAUUAAAUCUGGCACCAAGGGGCCCUUCUUGUGGUUCUCGAGGCAAAGUGGUGCAUGCUUUUGGAAAAAACUGGUCCUCCAAAGUUGGAGUUAGAUUUAACAAUCCUGUAACUGAUGGUAAUGAUCUUGGAGGUUUAUGCGAGGAAAAUCAUGGCUUCUUUUGUCAUGCUUUGGAACUUCGGUCAGACUCUUCUGGUGGAGGAGUUGAUAGCAUUGCUUUAGGAAAGUUAAUUGAGCUCAUUUCAGAAGAAAGUGUUAGCGUGAGGCUUAUUGGGCUGCUAGCCGCAUGGGCCUAG